AUUAUAUGUUUAAACGGCCUGCCACAACACGCGCCAUCCCAGACUGGAAGAGGUUCGCCCCGCCCUCGUCCAGCCCCCUUUUUUUUUUUUUUCUGCGCGCACUUGUUCUUGAGAGACGCUCAUUAUUUAUUUUUCUGUUUAGUGGAAGCUGCUGAGAGAUAUAAUUACAUUUUCUUAUCUUUGGCUGGAAGUAAACAAAGUUAAUUAUUGCUUGUCGAGUCGUCCUGUUGCAUUUUAUUAUAUCUCCGGUGUCAUCAGGAAAUUUUGGAAGACGUACCGUUUAAAAAAAAAAAAAAAUCAAAAAGACUCGUGUGAUCAUGAGGAGGGUGAGUCAGUUUGUUCCACACCGCAGGACACCUUUGGGUUUUGGAGGCCACUAAAGAGCAGAGAAAGGCUUUUUAAGUACAGGGGAGAGUGUUUGUCCCCCAGUGUCCAGUAGGCUCCCAGACGGUUCAGGUAUGACCGUCACCCCCUCCACCCCAAACACCCAGCGCUCAACCUGCUUCCUCGUCACUCGUAGACAUGAACUCCAGCUGAGCCUUAUCUCAUCACAUACCAACUGAAACUGGUGCAGCACAGAUGGAUGAGUCUGAUGGCAGGCGGCUGAAGGCCUCAGAGGAUUCUGGGUCGCAGGCUGAGCCCUACGUCCCAAAAGACUUGGAUUAUAAACAGCUGCAAACUGAUCUGAAGUCUGAUGCCCAGAACCUGGAGGCAGAGUCCUGGAGCUUGGCUGUGGACCAGAACUACCUAAAAUCCCUGAACAAAGAGGCCAUUGAAAGACAAGACGCCAUCUAUGAGUUGAUCCAGACUGAGAUGCACCAUGUGCGCACGUUAAAGACCCUUUUCCACGUCUACAUGUACGAGCUGAAGCAGUCUCUUCUAGUAGACGACGCUUCCAUGGAGCGGCUUUUUCCUGGCUUGGAAGUUCUGCUCAGCCUCCACCAGCUUUUCCUCAACUCCCUAAAGAUGCGCCAGAAAAAGAGUCAGGAGGAAGGGAGCUCGAAUAACUACUGCAUCAGACAGCUGGGGGAUGUUCUCAUCACUCAGUUUUCAGGUUCGCUCGGCGAACAGAUGAUGGAAAGUUACAGCUACUUUUGCAGCCAUCACAAUGAAGCUGUCAGCUUCUACAAAGAGCAGAUCAUGAACAACAAGAAGCUACAGACUCUUAUCAAAAAAAUAGAUCAGGCCUCUGUGGUGCGACGUCUGGGAAUCCCUGAAUGUUUCCUGUUGGUGACCCAACGCAUCACCAAGUAUCCAUUUCUGUUGGAACGGAUCAUCAAGAACACCGAGGCUGACACCGAUGAGUGUAGGUCUCUGCUGAGAGGUUUAGAGCUGAUCAAGGACACCCUCUCCAAGGUGGAUACUCGGGUCAAGGAAUAUCAGAACGCUUUUCGUCUGAGAGAGAUCUGUCUUCGUCUGGAACCAAAGAGUCAGGUCCGGAUGAACGAUGAUCGGGUCUUCCGCAGGGAUGAUCUGAUCCAGGGCAACCGAUCGCUGCAACAUGAAGGGGUCGUCACCUGGAAGUCCUCUGGGAAACUGAAAAUGGAAAUCCUGCAGGACCUGUUCUUCAUGAGGAUAAGAGACUCGAACCUUCCUGUAGAGGAGACGCAGAUGAUGCAGCGAGGGACGGUCAGGAGGGCUCAGACUUUUGCAGGGAGGGAGGACAACCCCAGCGUAAAAUAUGGAAAUGCAGUUGAGGCUCCUGAUGUAAGUGUGGACAUUUCAUCGUACAGCAGAUUAAACAGCUGUGAACAUCUGCUCAAGAGAAUGUCCCUCUCUGAAAGUCUGGAACAGUCUGCUGACGAUGAAACUGGAAUCUGUCCAGUGUCACUCUGCAACUCAAAUCCCACUCACUUUCCUGACAAAGCAGUGUGCGACCAUUUGUUGAAACUCUCAAAGAAGCUCCACAGUUUGGAAGCAGUCAUCGCCCAGCAGGACAGCAGGCUGGAGCUGCAGAAGGCCUUCCAGACAAAGAGCAAGCAGCCCGCUCGUAGCUACAACAACGUGCUGCUCGAGCAGGAGAAGCAGCGCGCGCUGAAGAAGCAGCAAGAGGACAUGGCCGUGCUGCAGAAGCAUCAGGAUGAGGUGCAGCACUGGGAGAACGAGAGGAACCGUCAGAGGCUCCAGAUGGAGGCUCAGGAGACCGAGCUGAAGCAGAGAGAGGAGGAGUGCAGGAGAAGGGAAAAGAAGCUGAACGAGGAGGACGCAGAGCUGAAGAAGCAAUGGGAAACCUGCCAGCAGAACCUGGAGAAGCUGAGAGAAACCUCCAAAAAGACAGACAAGGAAAAAGAGCUGCUUCGUAAAGAGAAGGAACGAUUGGAGAAGCUGAAGAUCGGUCCGUACCGCAAUUAUGAUGAUCCUGCACUGUCGCCUUACCCAUCCUUCAGGGGGAGCGUAGUAAACGGAGGUGGGACUCUGAGAGCUCCUCUCGGUAAUUUUUCUGACACAAAAGAGAUUCCUCCACGAGUUCCACCUCGGCGGGAGAGCGUCAGCCAAAAAGCGCACGUUUCUCGAGUCAGCGCCACCAUGCCGGGGCAGAGAACUAAAGUGGUGCAGCAGAUCCCCCGCGAGCUGGCUACGACCUCCAGACGAAGAGAUAAAAGCUUCAAGGGGAAUCGGGCUCACAAGAGAGCGCACAGCGCAGCUAACAUAGACGUGAGUCAGGUGGUGCCGAUCCGAGUGACGGGGAAAGAAGGAGGCAGUCUGAAGACCACGAGGAACGUCAGUCCUCAAAGGAGCUUAAAUUCAGAUACGUUCAGGCCUCCAGCCCCCACUCAGAAUGUAAAACCAUCUCAGUUCAACACAAACAGAAGGGACAGCAGCGAAGGUCCUCCAUCUCCACCUCCUCCUCCGCUCCCUCCCUUCCCAAAAGACCUUAAGAAAAAAGAAGAAAAGAUGGUGAUGGUUUAACGGUGAGUUUGGAUGGACUUGCAUGCACAGAGACGCUGGCGGAGCGCUGAAGACGUCGCCCGCGACUCCACGGCGGUUUGCGACGAAACGUUUGAAAAAGAGAAAACCUGUUUGAGGUGAGGAUGAAACGAAGAAAAGGCUGUUUAUUCAAGAGAUGCACAUUCAUUGUAAAGACUGUUUAAAGAUUUUUUUUUUUUAACUAGACCCAUUUCUAAUUUAGAAAAGUUUAUAUUUUAAAUGGAGCAUAUUAAAGCCAAAGACUUCCCAUAUUUUUUUAAUGU